AUGAGGCCUCCCACCGAUCAUUCAGCCUCUCUCUUGAGGACACCCUUCACGGCGGAGAUUAUGGCCCAGCCUUACCAGCUCGAUUUGCGCAUCCCCGGCAACAAGGAAUAUGAUGGGCGGACAGACCCAGAAGUGCAUGUCAACACCUAUUAUGGCAACAUGUUGAUGAUGGGCAUGUCAGGCGCCGUGAUGUGUAGGGCCUUCUACUCGACGCUUUCCGGUCGAGCGGCCGAGUGGUUCAGAACUUUGCAACCGGGUUCCAUCUCUGAUUUCACCACUUUGGCAGCCAAGUUCGUGCGGAAGUUUGUCACUUCCAAAGUCAUUCGGAAGCCCUACAUGUACCUCGAGAAGGCCAAGCAAUUGGAGGGGGAAAGCUUGACCGAAUUUUUAGUCAAAGUGGAAGGCGGCGGUCGGGGAGAAGCCCUCCGUAGAGUGACAGAUUAUGCCAAUGCUGGUGAGGCAAAUGCCGUCAAGAGGUCGCAAGAGGUCGGGACAUCAUCCCGGAAGCCUUCCGGUCUGGCGGAUCAUCGGUCGGAAGAUCAUUCCCGACCCCGUACCCGACCAGGAGAGUUCACGGCGUUGAACCGAUCAGUGGCGGAGGCCAUGCAAUACGCUCAGUCCUGCAACCUUAUCCGUUUACCUCAACCGGGACCAGAUGGGCCGGAUAAGACGAAACAUUGUGCCUACCAUCGAUGUGCAGGACACGACACGGAGGAGUGCACACAUUUAAAACAACUGUUGGAAGAUUUGCUUAACCUGGGAAAGCUAGACAAAUGUGUGGGGAAAAGAGAAGAGAACAAAAGAGUGGGCGAGAGAAAAGAUCAAAGGCGAUCUCAUCAUCGCUCCGAUCGCAGAGAUCAAGAUCGGCGGGAUCCCGAUCCUCCAUCUAGUAGCCAACCGGCGUCCAAACCGACCAUCCGCGUCAUAUUCGGAGGUUUGGAAGAUGCUUCCUGA